AUGGUCACUCAACGCAGGUACUCAGUUACAGGCCAAACACCACCCGACGACGCCGAAGUCAUGAAGGCGCGCUCGCCCAAGCUCCAGUCUCUCGAUACCAGCGUCCAAACGCCGCCCUGUGGAUACUGUGACGCCGCGGCCGAAUUGAGCGCCAGCGGGGAUGACGGCGCACCCGAGCAGCGGAGAGGGAGGAAGAUGGGCCCCAACGGCACCAUUGUACGCACAUCGAGCAAACGAUCCGCAACCCAGCUGCCCUCGCCCAGCUCGCCCUCACAGCAGCUACCGCAAAAGAUUCCGCGGUACCGACUGUGCCAUGACGAGCACGCCAACGUUGAUAUGGACUCGGACACGGACUCGGGUUCGGAUGGCACGGACGGGCUGGGCGAUGGGAGCGAGCUCGAUGACGACCAUGGUCUGGAAAGCCGGGCAACGUCUGUCCCUUCAACGCCCGACCAUUCACUUGGAUGCAGUGCACUGGGUUUGCCCGAGGCCACGCGCCUCGAAGGGCUGCGACUGUAUGCGGAAGAGAGACCAGACGACGAGCACAUGGAAGACUAUGCACUAUCACCCCCGCAUUCGAGAAACAACAGCGUCAACCGCACGCAGUUUGAUGGUGCUAGCGUACUGCAGGCGGAGUGGGCGGCACAUAUUGCCAUGAACAAGGACAAGUCGGAAACGCUCCAUAUUGAGAAUAUCGAAAAGAUUGAACCCGUCCAAGACAUACUAGAAGCCGCCGAGGACAUGCGAACCACCCCGACCGAUAUCGGGCAACCGCUGCCCACCGACACCAUGCACGAUCCUCUUACCUUUAUCACUCUGCCCCCCGAAAUCCGCCACCAAAUCUACCGGUGCUGCGAAAAUCUCGUCGUCGAUAAACCACUCGUGUACUGCAUCUCGACAUUCAACGGCGAGAUGCAGCACCCGCUCGCCUCGGUAUCGCGGCUGGUGCGGUCGGAAGCGCUGGCAAUAUUCUACAGCUACAAUCUGUGGGUAAUCAAGGUGGAAUUCCGCAUGAUGUACGAAGCAUUCCGGGACUGGAUCAUUCGGCUUGGCGAAGGCGCGGGCUUGCUGCGUCUCAUCGCCUUGUCAGUGCGGGGCUCGUUGUUCAAGCCCAAGAAGAGCCAGCACGGACAGAGCGUGCUGAUUCACGGGCAUUUGGUCCAGCUUGCGCCGGGUAUCAUCGGGCCGGCGGCGCCGGCGCCGGCGGCUUCUUCGCGAGAGGAGCUGUAUUGUCCGCCGGAUGGCGAUGCGAGUUUUAGGAUUGAUCUGAGUGAGAAGCAUGCGGGGGGCAUGGUGCAGCUUGUGCGGAAUGAUGGCACGAGUGAGGCGGGGGAGAAGGCACGCGUGUUUCUUAGUAAGAUGGUAGAGGGGCUGUGGGAGAAGAGGAGGGCGGGCACGCUGAAUGGACAGGAUUGGAUCACCAUGGUGGAUAGUUUUUUGUCGUUUAUUGGAGGGUGGUGA